GCGGCAGAGCACGGUCACGCUUGCGUGUGUCGCCAUCGAUCCGAGUAGCUUCGCGUUCAUACCCGUCGGCCGCCGUCGCGGCGAUCCGCCUCGCCAUGCAACCCCCGCCGAGAAAGAGUAACUACACGAAGUUUCUGAAAAAUCUACACUCUGAACAAAUCGCCAAACUUCACGCUAAGAACCAACAUGAGUGUGAUUUGCUUGAAGAUCUCCGCACCUACACCAUCAAGCGCUCGGCAAUUGAAAAAUCAUAUUCCGAGGCUCUAUUGAAAAUAUCUUCUGCAUACCUGAACAAGAAGAUACCUAAUAUACCUGAUAUUAAGGUGGAUGGAGCUGAAGAAAAAUGGAACAUGUGGAAUGUGUGGCGAACUGUUUUGGAAGAAAACGAGAAGUUAGCUCGCGCCCGCCUCGCCGCAGUCGAGGUUUUUCAACAGCAAAUCGCCGACGAAGCUAAAGUGUUACGGCAGCAUAAGAUGAAUGUUGCUAAGAAGAGCACAGACUUAUUGGCUCAAGCUCACAAAGAACUUCAACUCACUGUUCUGGACGUGGAUAAAAACAAAAAGCUGUAUUUUGAUGAGGAACACACAGCUCAUGACGUGAGGGACAAAGCUAAAGACAUCGAGGAAAAGCUGAAAAAGAAAAAGGGAUCUUUCUUUCAAUCAAUAACAUCGUUGCAAAAGAACAGCGCCAAAGUCUCUUCUCGGCGGGAUCAGCUUGAAGAAAAAUCAACGGGCGCUAGGAAUGACUAUUUGUUGAGCAUUGCUGCAGCCAACGCUCAUCAGAACCGUUAUUUUUUGGUGGAACUGCAAUCAUGCAUGCAAAGCAUGGAAGCUGCCGUAUAUGAGAAGGUAUCUGAGUUUCUGACCUUGAUGGGUCGAACAGAGUUACUUACGUGCUCCGCCACUCAACAUUCUUUCGGAAAAAUUCGGGAUCAAGCACAACAACUCACCAGGGAGUACAAUUUACAAUGUCUUUAUUUGUACUAUCCAGUUUUGAAACAACAUAUUCAGUAUGAUUUUGAACCCUGUGACAAUGAUCCUAUUGAUACGGUUACAAUGGAGCAUGAAACUGUUGCACAAACUUUGGCUCAAGAAGCUCGUCGUUGGGCUACUAGAGUGGUCCGAGAGACAGCUCUCGUAAGAGAUGCUACCAGAAAAUUACAUUUGUAUCAAGCUAUGAGAGAUGCUGGUCAAAAGGUUGAUCCGAAUGACCCAAAUGGUCCAGAGUUAGAGGUCCGAAUGGACGAACUUCGCACAAACAUAAGACGCUCUGAAACAUCUAAAGCUAAAUACGAGGCUAGAUUAGAGUGUCUCCGAACUGGAGGAGCUCCUGUCGACGAAUGGCUGAAAGAAGUCGAUUUGUUAGCUGUUCAAGAAACAUUGCCGCGAAGCAGCAGUCUAGUCAGCGUCAGAACCGAUGCUUCUGGUGCAGCUGACCAACCCAGUUCGGAUUCAUUUUACGAUAGUGACAAUACUGAAGGUGAAGCUGCCACAACUUCAGCCGUCGCUACUACGUCUGGACAUCAACGAACUACUUCUGAUUCCCAACAUGAAGAUGAACAUGAGGACGAUGAAGACGCGGAAUUGGAAGAAGAUCGUAUGCGUAUAGAACAGCUUACCGUCGGCUGGGAUGAUCCCACACAAGUGAACUGGGGUGAAUCGGAGCCUGAAACAACGGCACCUCCAGCUGAAACUAUUGAACCACCAGCACCUCCGCUUUAUAAAUGUACCGCUUUGUACUCAUACACGGCACAAAAUCCAGAUGAAUUAUCUAUCAUUGAAAAUGAGCAAUUAGAAGUCGUUGGAGAAGGUGAUGGUGACGGUUGGCUUCGUGCUCGUAACUAUCGUGGCGAGGAGGGCUACGUGCCACACAACUAUUUGGAUAUUGACAGGGAACAGGCUUCAAGCGCUCCAGGAUUGGUAACACAGAUAUCUUUCUCAUCUGUUGACUACACGGUAGAAGGUGAAGAUGCUGACGUAGUGCAAUCCCCAGAUCAAAUAUCUGUUAUUUCAGCACCGGUCACCAAGCCUGAAGAACAAAAAGUUGAACAGCAUCAAAAACCCGCUCAAGCUAAGGAAGUAUCGCUACCAACUCUCGGUUAUUGCUUUGCACUUUAUGAUUAUGAUGCCGAAGCCUCAGAUGAACUCAAUCUUGAAGAAGGACAGAUUAUCCGUAUCGUCUCCCGAGAUGCACAUGGUGUUGAUGAUGGAUGGUGGCGCGGGGAAGUUAACGGCGUUAUAGGAAAUUUCCCAUCUUUGAUAGUCGAGGAAUGUGAUGAAAAUGGAGAACCAUUGAGUGGUGCGGAUGAGGACUGGACUCCGCCGGAUUCAGCUCCACCAGUGUUUGCUUCUCCUCCUGGAUCCCCAGGUGGUGGCUUUAAUGAUGACCAGGUCGAGAAUGAAAACAACAAUGUAAAAAGUGCUGCGCCUCCUGCUGAUCCACCGCCACCACCACCAGCAGGCAUGGGUGACUCUAUGGACAGUCAACCAGAUUUCAGCUUUAAUCUAGAACUAAGUAGGAAUCAGCACGAUCAGUACGACACACAAUUUUCGCCUCAACAAGGUGGCGCUCCUGCUAUAAUCGUCGAUGAGGUUCUGGGUGAAAAUAUUGAAGACGAGGAAGAGGAGAUACCCCCCGCCCCGCAGUCGAAACCGCCGCCGCCAAAAGUUGAACUACCCACCGAAGAUUGCGGCCUAGGCGUGGCACAAAUAGUAAUCACUGCCGCCACACCUAUGGUAGAGGAGCCGGAUCAACCAUUCCCACCUACGGAGCCGGAGCCGGAGCAGCCGGAGCAACAGCAUGAGGAACCCGAACGCCCGGAAGAGAACGACGACGAAGAAUCCUCCCUUUCCGAACAGACCGCCGUGUGCUUGCGCGAAACUGAUGAAGGCCACGCCGACUCUGCUCCGCACCCUGCCUCGAGCUCGACGGCAUCCGAAGGCGAAUCGACCGGCGCUUCCGUAGCUUCCGGACCCCCGACCGCUCCCCAAUCCCCGCCCUCCGCGCCCCGCGCCGGCCGCGCCUCCAUUCCCGACGAGUUGGAGCCCGCGCAACUGGCGAGGCUCACUGAUCUCAAAGAAUCUAAUGCUUAACUUAAUGAACGCUAUUUUAACGUUAUUCAGAACUUUGUAAUACGUUUUCUACGCGUUUUCGUGAACGCAACGUCUACGCAAUCGCUGUAGACGAUCGGACUCUAUCCGCAGGCGACGACGCGACGUUGACUGAUAUUUAUUGACAUCAAACUUUAUAUUAAUUGCUAUGUUUACUGUACAAACAGACUGCUUCUGAUCGUCUACGCAAUAAGACCGUUUCUCACGUUAAUAUUUUACACAGUACCGAAUGAAAUUAGUAAAUUACCUACCUAUACGUUCACUUACACACUGAGACGCACCGACCCUGCGUCAGUCCACAAUAAUAAUACCUAGGCCUAACUUUGUCUGACUUCGUGUUAUUUGAGACUCAUACAUAGAUAAACAUAAUUUAGUACAUAAUUAGGUAAUGGCGUUUGUAGGAUUCGGUACGUUAUAUUUCAAUAUAAAUUUUCCGAAUGAAUUCAAUUCUAUUAAGCCGGCUACUCACGUACCCGCCGCAUGGGCAAUAUUGGAACAAUAUCGGUUGGUCGGAGGUCGGAACAAUUUCAGUUGCCCCUGCUGUUGGUACGGUCUCAAUGGUUAUUGCUUAACGUUAUUUUUUGGCAGAUUGCGAAAGUCUAAUUAGUUAAUGAAUAAUAUAAUAUUCAAAUGAUUACAAAGUGUUUUAACUUUAUAAAAAUCCGCCUUUCAUUAUUUGUGAAUAAAAUAUCAUCCAUCAUUUGAGAUGACCUACUUACCUUUUAAAUUAAAUACUACUUACCUUUUAAAAAGUAAGUAUUUAACAGUUGAUGCAGGAUAAAUUCCAAAGGGUAUUCACCCGAUUUGACAAAUAAAUAUUAUAGUCAAUAGUAUCUGACCAGAACCUGAAGCCUUAGAACCAUUUUUAAAUUUUAUAUUUAAGUCCUACAAUUCAUUUUAGGGAAACCUGUUCAUGUUGACUAUAAAAAUAAUUACUAUAAGAAUUUCUAUAAGGCUCUAAACAGCUUUAAAAUUGCAUUUUUGACGGAGUGGGAAGCGGUCGUGAUAUGUAGAGAUGUGUAUAUACUUAGUUAAUAAAAUAAUAUAAUAUGUAUCUAACUACAUUAUAACUAGUUAAAUUUUGCUGUAACACAAUUUAGACCCUUGAUUAGUAUGACGAGUAGGAAAAUUACAUGUUGGUCGUAAUGUUUUGUUUGGAUAUGUAACAAUGUUGGUAAAUCGAUAACAGUAUUAAAGUAUAUGUUGAGUCAUUUUAAGAUAUACGUUUAAAAUGUUUAUGUAUAUUUUUUAUUAUUUUAGUGAUUAAGUUAGGAAUAGAAAAAUAUGUUCGAAUUUAUUUACAAAAUAGCCCAAUUACACAUUAGUUUAAUUUGUCGUUAGAUUUCAUAUUGUAGGUAUUAGUUAGAUGAACGAUAAACGACGACGAAUAUGACCACCUACGAUUUGAAUUGAUGAUUUACUUAUAUUAUAAUUAUGUAUAAAGUUUUUAUUGAAUAAAGCGUUCGCACUUACGCCCGAUUUUAAUAAUUAAUCCUAUCUGAUGCAAAAAUCGCAACAAUAGAUUAUCAUGCAUAGAAAUCCAUUAUCUGAGAAAAGCUUGUCAAAAUUAAUCGAAGAAUUACCUUUAAACGGAGAGAUCGACCGAUAAUAUUUAUUGGAGAGGAAAGCCUAUCAUAGAUAAUGUGAUACUUUAUAAUAUAUCGGGCGUUGGUUAGAUAAAAAUUCCAACCAUGACAAUCGACACACUACCUAAUUUAAACCUUUAAAAAUUAUUAUACUUUUUAAAAUAACCAAAAUCGAUAGGUAUUAAAUAAAUGUAAUAGCUGCUUGCGUUGAUCAGGUAAACUAAAUUUAUUACUUACAUACAUGAAUGCAUUUACUCAAAGGCCAACGUGUGCGAUUAGUGUUAACUGUCUCUUGACGUCCCAAAAAAAUUAAAGGGUCGUGCUACCUUUUCCUUUUGUUAAAAGUGAAUUACCUACACCAAUAAGCUCUGCCACACAAACUAUGAACUUUUGAAUUUUAAGAAAUUGGAAAUCAACAACACUGUUACCUAUUGAUUUGGGACGUCUCAGACGAAAAGUUAGAAUGAUACAGGGUGUUACUACCUUCUCGUUUUUAUCAUCUUUCAUAUUAUCACCUUUUCUUUAUCAUUAUAUCGAUUUGAGUAACUAGAUAGGUACUUAUUGCAUAAGUAUCUAUUAACUUUUCUUAAACUUUUGUACACAUUAUAUAGGCGCCACUAUUACCUAACAUCCUAAAAUUUCGUUCAUAUUAUAGGUUGGUACCUACCUACAUAUCGUUAAUUCAAACAAAAAUUAAUGACUGCUUCUUUUGUUCGUAUGUAAUUAUCGAUUAACUACCUACUUAAUACUCAUGAAGACUGAUUAUGUCAUUUUUAAUGUAUAACUGAUGGAAGGACUAAUAGUGGUGUCAACCUUUUGUUUUAAAUUUCAUAUCCGCAGCAAUUUUAAUAGAAUUUGAUUGCUUUCCUUAAGAUUUGGCGCCUUAAAUCUUGAUGAUGAACCUCGUAUAUUUUCCAACAAAGAAGUAUCAAUUCAACCUCUACUUUUGCAUAUUAAGUAACCCGCUAAUGGUACUUACCUACAUAUAUUAAUGAUUAAUUAUUUAUUAAUGUUUAUAUUCCAACUAAUAUCCUUACAGGAUAUAAAAUAUUUUAAUGAAUUAAUGUUUGCAGUUUUAUCAAUGUAGUUGUUUGUUAGUAUUGUUACUUAGAUUCAAUGUGUUAAAAUUAGUACAAUUUUAAUGUAAGUUAUUAACGUAACGACCUUCUGUAGAGUAUUAGAACAGUGUCAAAUAUAACAUAAUGUUAUUGUAUUCAAUAUUCAAUUCGCACAUUAUAAUGUAUUCACUUUAAUUCAUGUAAGUAGGUAUUUGGUGUCAGAUGUAAUCUGCCUACAACAGGACGGUGGUACUUGCCUACACAAAUCACUGUUUUAUAAAACGUUAUAGGUUUUGUAAACCAACAAACGUAUCAAAUACAUCAGUGGUCAAAUUAACGGCAAACUAAUUAAACGUACUCGUAGGGUAAGUCAUGUUAUAGCUCUAUAUAAUGUUGUAUUUCCGAGUUGUAUAAAAAUAUACCGUACCUACUUUAAAGUUGGUUGGUGACAACAUUUAUAAUAGGUUCAUAUUCUAUUGAAGUAUAUUCAUAAUAAAAAGUUUUAUAUGAAACUAAUUUCACAUUGGAUUAUCUUGAAGGACUGUAGCACUCUGUACUAUCACUGUUUAUAUACUUAUACGGUUACAGAUAUUUGUCAGAUUACACUGAAUACAUGUUGUUCGUGAUACAUACGUUGCAAUAUUCUUAGUGUCUACUGUGUCUAAGUGUUGCUUUUCUUUAGAAGAACCAAUUAAUAUUUAGAUCAUAUUAGCCUUCAGAGUGCUGGCCAACGAUAUUCUACGGAAUUAUUAUAAUAUACAGAAAAUGCGCACUCAU